UAGCACAGUCAGUCGGAGAGCACAGCAAGCGUGCUAAUUGCAAAUAAUUGGAAUUGAAAUGGUGGCUAUGAAUUAAAAAAAUAUCUUUGUUUCUGUCGAGUGCUGACGCAAACUCUUACUCAGUGACUGGACCAUAUUGAGUUCUUAUGGCUGUAUGAAUCGACAGAUAUUUUAUAGGCUCGUUUUUUGUGAUUUUUUAGGAGCUGCCUACUCAUUGUUUUUGUUCCUCUGAGAUAGAUGGCGUCUAUUUCAGUGACGUAGGGUAGCCAUCUAACUGUUUUGACAGCUGAGGAAAACAACUAUAUGUUAUUAUUAAUUAUUAAUGUAGCUAUUACCAUGCAAUUAAAAGGGUGUGAUUUGCGUUUGAUAUAGGUAGCUAAGUAAGUGGGAAUUUCACGAAAUUACAGUUUUUUUAUCUGAUAAAGCUAGCUAGCCUAUUCUUGAGGUGACAUUGAAAUAGUGCCGUUAGGAUCUCUGAGGUGUCUACUACAAAACUGGAUCAAUGAGUUAGCCAGGUGUGAUGAACUGCCCCAAUCUUGUGGGUUUUUAGGAGAGACAUCAAACUUGUUGUUUGGGAGCACACAACUACUAUGAUCAACACAGAGGCAAUACGAGAAUUUGAAGCCAAAGGAAGAAAAUCCAGAAGCAAUCUUAAGAAAUGCUUAGCUUCUGCAUUGUCUGCAGACCUCAACAGGCUGCUGCAGGAGGAGUUAGAGGCAGAUGUCAGCCUGUGUACGGUGGGCUCCUGCGCCAGCUCCACCCCUCUCCUGGUUCACAGGGCUGUUCUCCUGGCCAGGGCCCCACAAAUACUGAGGAGGGGUUCUCAUCCAGACCCGAAGACCAUCCAGCUAAACAACUAUGACAGCACGGAGCUGAAGCAGUAUAUCAGGCGAAUGUACACAGCAGACCAACGCAUGGGCUUGGCUGGAGAAGGAAUCCCUGAGGACUCAGAGUCGCCUACUAUUGUCCUCAAUGGUCCCGAUGUCGAUCUCCACACUGACUCAGAUAAUGCUGUGGUUGUGGAGCCAGCCUCUGGUCUUGGAGCAGACCUGUUGGAUCUCUACCAGAGAGGAGAAGGAUCUGACAUCAGCAUCCAAGUAGGGGAGCAGGUCUUCUCCUGUCACAGGGCGGUCCUGUGUGCGCGGUCUCAGUAUUUCCGAGCUAUGCUGUGUGGGAGUUGGAUGGAGAGCUCCAGACAAUGCAUCACUCUACAGGGUCUGGGGCCAGAUGAGAUGGAGAUUCUCCUACAGUUCAUGUAUGGUGCCAUAAUAGACCUACCACCCAGAGCCAGUGCCAGUCAGGUGGUGUUGGCAGCAGACAUGUUGGGUCUGGAGGGACUGAAAGACGUGGUGGAGAUGGUGCUGACCAGAGACUACUGCCGCUUCUUCCCCAAGCCUAUAGAUGGGGUUCAGAAAACCAUCCUCGAGUGCCUCUCCCUCACCCACACCCUUGGACUCCAGAGCCUCCACAGCUUGUGUAUGAGGUGGGUGGCUGAACACUAUGUGAAGAGCUGGUCAGAGAGACACUUUGCUCUGUUGCCUUGUGAGGUCCAGAGAGCCUGUCUAAAUGCUGUGACUGGAGCCAUGACUGUACAGAACACGGUGACUCUGCUGUGUGGCAGUGAGCAGUUGCUGGGCAGUCUCCCGGAGGUCAAGUGGGCUAAACAGACAGUGUUGCUGGCUACAGAGCUGCAGGACCAGUGUCUGUCUGUCAUUGUCACAAACCUGGCCCAGGUCUCACACACGCAGGCCUUCCACAGCCUACGACGGAGAGAGGAGUCGACGCGGGAACCGGCCCUGUUGAAGAAGCUGUGCUCAGCCAUACGAGACAGGGUCACGGUGGAUAACUGUUGUGACCUGUUCACCGCUGUGGAUCACCUGGCUGGGGAGGAAGACAUUGAAGGAGAGACACCCCUGGAGGAGAGGGGUCAGAGGGAGGAGCCGUUCAGGCGAGAGAUUGGUGCGCUGCGCACUAGGUUGUGGACCUUCUUGCUCCAGUCAUUCUACGCCGUCCGCCACACGCGGGGAUGGGAGACCCUGCCCUCCAAGCACAGAGAGCGGAUACUGGCAGCUGCUCUUGAUAAAGGAGACAGUAGAAGACUUGGGAAAAAGCCUGUUUUUACCAGCUCACAGCAGCCAAAGGGUGUAAGAUGCGCCUCAGGUCCUGCAGCUCCGUGUGAGAGCCCUCCUGUCCACAGGGCCAAUCGGGUCGUCAGGAACACAGGAACAGGAAGUUGCACUACGGCUGCAUCAUCACCCACCAUGAAGUCAGACGGGCUGGGCACGCCAGUCCUCCCAGCCACCGCAGAGAGAGGGACUAAUGCUACCAAGCCUGGAGACAGUGACCCAUCCAGGGCAAAGAACGGCAAGACCAAGCAGCCAGGCGACCACCGAAGCACCACGGCUAAAGCCAAGACUACAACCUCCGCCACAGUGCUCAACGGUACAGCUGGCCCAGGGGGGGCUAGGAAGGAGGUAGCCACUGCUAACGGAUCCAGGGGCUCCCCGACAGGGGGUAAAGGGGCUAAGGACCAGGACAGGAGGCCUAACCCUGGAGCCAGGCCCAAGACCUCUCCUCCAGGUACCACCUCCACAGCUCAGGCUAGGCCAGGGAAGCUGCAGAAGAGUACAGCAGGGAAGGGUGACUCUUUUCAGGGGGCAGACAGCAGCACAGCCCACCCCGCCACCACCACCCCCUCCACAUCAGGCAGUCCUCCUGACAACAGCUCCGGAAGCCCACGCAACAGCCACGCCAUCCCAGGUCUUAAGUCAAAAACACAGGCUAAACUUCUGACCAAAUCUCCACUGACGAAACCCCCCCAGAAAACAGACACUGCAAAGACCAACAGCCCAACCAAUAAGCCCAGCGCUAGAGAGGCCAAUAAAGCCAAGCCUCCCUCUAUAGGAAGAGCAACAACUAGAGGAACAGGAGCCAGAGCAGACACGAAGGGAAGGAGCACACCAACAGGCUCCGCUGAGAACCAUGUCUCUAGACCUGGGUCCUCCCUGAGUGCCAGAAAGCAUGCGUCUCCCAGGAAAGAGGAGGAUAAGGAUGGUUCUAAAGCCUCAGCAGACAAAGCAGCCAGGAAGACCACAAAACCCACCCCAGCUACCGCAGCCAAAUCUGCUUCUAAACCAACAAAAUCCAACUCUAGCUCUGCUCCUUCCAAACAGCCUCCGCAAGCAAUAGCCAAAUCUGGACCUAAGCAGAAAAGUACCUCUGAAUCUCCUACAGAGAAAGCCUCCCCAAAGUCAGCGGGGCAAGUUAAAAACUCUUCCUCCUCUGUCGUUUCUUCUAAAAAGCCUGCAUCUAAAGAGAAAGAGGGAUAUAAUGGUAAAACCUCUGCGGAGACUCAACAGGCUAAUGACACUGGUGCUGAAGCAGAGGAGGUCUCCUCCCAUUCAAAUCCCAGGGAGGCGGCCUCCGAGCCAGCAGCAGGAUCAACAGAGCAGAGCCCGACACAUAACAGUAUACUACCAUCAGGCCCCCAGGGCCUCUGUGGAGGAGAGGACUCCCUCUCCUUACCCCUGAACACCAGCACUAAGCAGAGUCCCCAGAAGUCUGCCAAACAACCAGGUAAACCUAACAGCACAGGAGGAAUCAGGGCUCUGUCCAGUCAACCACCAGCAACCAACCACAUCUCUCAAGGGAAUGCUCUUGUAAACGGAGAGCCUGCUAAGCACACAGAGGGAACACACACAUGUAAACACACUCCUGGCUCAACCACCGAUCUUCCCCUGGACACCCCGAACCCAGGCAGCCUGAGCAGCACAGAUAACCCUCUAGAGGACUCGUGGAGCGGCCUGCACCACCAGGUCAGCCCUGAGUCAGAGUCCGGCAGCGCCACCACCUCCUCAGACGACAUCAAGCCCCGCUCUGAGGACUACGAUGCCGGAGGCUCGCAGGACGACGUAGACGACUGCUGCUCCAACGACCGCGGCGGAACCAAGGGAGGCGGAACCAUGCGUUGCCAUGACUUCCUGGGCCGCAGUAGUAGUGACACGAGUACGCCCGAGGAGCUGAAGAUGCUGGACGGUGGGCUGCGGGUCGAGGUGAGGCUGAAGGGGCGCGAGGUUGAGACCACCAGUGAGGAGGAAGGGGUGAGGCGACGGCCACGCUCCUGGCUGAGCAGGGACCGAGAGGAGGUCCCUGUUGAGGAGGAGGUAGAGAAAGUGGAGGCCAGUGUUACGGUGAAGCAGGUCCCCGACAGCCAGCUCUUCUCCUCCGAUGAGUCGGAAGAGUCUGAGGAAGAGGAGGAUGAGGAAGAGGACGAGAAGUCAGAGGUGGAGGUUCUUCCUUGUCAUCAUGCCCCUCUGCCUCCUGUUGACCCAUCCCCUCAGUUUCAGGGCAUUAUCAACUUGGCCUUCGAGGAUGGAGCUGACCCUGACCAGGACAAUGAGCAGCAGGACUACCAGUCAGCCUCUAACUUCCGCCGCUCUGUUCUGAUCUCUGUGGACGAGUGUGAGGAGCUGGGAUCAGAGGAGGGCGGGGCGCAGACUCCACCCCAGCAACAGCCUGACGACCCCCUCACACCCUGCGAAGUCUUCGAGAGUGACCCUCCUCCAGCCACUCAGUCGGCCCCCAACUCCAUGUCUCACUCUGGGGAGCACCUGGCGUCUGACCUUCCCAAAAGCACACCUCAGCAGGAACAAGGUACCGAGCAGGAGUCCAACACCAAACCCAUUGUUUUCCUCACUGAGAUCCAGGAUCCUCUGGUAGAUGACCAUAACCCCACCAAGGUGGAGGGAGUAGAGCCCAGCCCUGGUUGCCAUCCCCUGGACCCUGACCUCAGUGACCUGCCUCCCCAGGAGCGGGAGAGACCCUGCCACCUGGACCUCCGGCCUGCUGAACAGUACAGCAACGGAGGGACACCACGCAGGAACCCCUCAACCAAGCCUAACCAAGCAUCUGUACCUGCAGAGAGCAAGAGAGCAGACUUACAUCUAGACUUAAAUUACCCUCAGCAGACAGGGGAGUCUCCUGCACAUGCAGCUACCCCACAGUCCCCAGCAGGGGACAAUGAGGGACAUUGUGACAGAUUGGAUCAAACAACAACCCCGACCUGUACACAAGACCGCCGCCCGUCCAAAGCCCUCUCUCCCAUCUACGAACUGGACGUGGGAGAAGCCUUUGAGCACCUCAGCUCCUCGGACAACAUCAAGGACAGGAGCAGGAGGAGCACAGUGGGGCAGGAGGAGGAGGAGAAUGAUGAAGGUUACAAUGAGGAGAGCAGUAAGUUUGCAGAGCGUGACUGGAGCAUGCUGAAGCAACUCCUCUCAGACCAGGAGUCCAGUCUGGGCAUCAUAAAUCCAGUCCCUGAGGACCUGAACCUAGCCCAGUAUCUGAUCAAGCAGACCCUGUCCCUCUCCCGGGACUGCCUUGACGCCCAGCAGAUCUUCCUGCCCCACGAGAAGGAGACAUUUAAACGCUGGGCGGAGCUCAUAUCACCCCUGGAGGACUCCACAACUAGCAUAACUGUGACCAGCUUUUCUCCUGAAGACGCUGCCUCGCCGCAGGGGGAGUGGACCAUUGUGGAGCUAGAAACACAUCACUGACAAAGACUAUAAAGAAUUAGAAGUGAAUGGAUCAUCAUGGUGUUAGAAACACAUCACUGACUGAUUGAUGGCUUUAAGGAUUAAAGAGACACUAGCCUCUUAACCUCUUUCUGGAUUUAUCAACUAUACUGUACCAGGUGUCUGGUACAUUUAUCAACUAUACUGUACCAGGUGUCUGGUACAUUUAUCAACUAUACUGUACCAACCUUUUCUUGCCCAGGGACCCCCUCCCAGGCAAACCGGCAACCCCCCCCCAAUCAUAAGUUAGAUUUUUUGGGGGGCUGACCGCUGCAGUACCCCGGUUGAAUACCGCUGAACUAAACAACACUUAUGACUGCAUUUAGGAGACUGACACUGCUACAGUACUGUCUAUCAGGGAGCUGUUACACUUUGUCUGGACUUUUACAACAUGUCUUCUGUCUCUCUUGAAAACUACGGUACAACAAUUCUUCCGUUUUAUACCUUGAUUUCAUUGUUUGAUUCCUCUAUUUAUUUACUGCUUUUUAUGCUGCUUUUCAUGGAACUCUUGAGGUUGUUUUGGACUCUCAAGCUGCGCUUGUUUGUUUGCAUUCAGUCCAUCACCUUCCUUUAUAUCCUUAAUACUUAAUGGACUGAGAGUUUAGACACAUGAGCUGUUGUGCAUGCAGAAUUUUUUUUGUAUGUUUACUUGGUGUUUGCAACAUUUAGAAGAAAAUAACAAAGCUUUCUUUCUCAUGCUCUUUAGUCUUUAUGAUGGUCAGACAGUGGAGUUUCACAGAAACUAGAGAACAUGUUGGCUUUACAUUAAUUGUUGUAUAUGAAAAUAAAAAUGUGUGCUUCUAAAUACAA